UGCUCAGGACGCCCUGGUAGCCGAUUAAGGUUUGCUUCCCAAAGAUUUUUUUGGAGAUUGCCCACCAUGACGAGUCCGCCUAGGGUGAGCAUGGAGAUCACCGACGAGAUGCUCAAGAGCAUGGAGGUCGGCCUGGCCUUCCGGGACUACGGCUCCAAAUCAAAUAGCCCUCAGGAUUCCUAUGUUGGCGCAGUAAGCAGAAGCCAGCUGGUCCCUCCCCUUCUCUCUUCCCUUCGCUCCUCGCGCCGCCACAACGCUGCUCCUUCAGCCUAGCGGAGUAUGGAUCCAUCCAGCCCAAUCUGGAUUUGGUUCCUUCUGCUGGCAGCUCCUGAUUUGAACCCAACCAUCCUGGCCUCGAUUUGUUGAUUCCUUCUCUUGGAUCUUCUUUGGUGCUUAAGGCUGUAUCCUUGGUAGCCGAUUGAUUAAGGUGUGGGUCCAGAUUCUUUUCCAAAGAUUUUGAGCGAUUUUCCGCCGUGAUGGGUCCACGCAGGGUGAGCAUGGAGAUCACGAACGAGGUGUUCAAGAGCAUGAAGAUCGGGCUGGUCUUUCAAGGCUAUAAUGGCAGAAUUAGUUCUAUGGAUUUUCAUAGCAAGGCUACGAACUAUCUUGUGACAGCCAGUGAUGAUGAAUCAAUCCGCCUGUAUGACACUCAAAAUGCAGUAUGUUUGAAGACUAUUAAUAGCAAAAAAUAUGGGGUUGAACUUGUGUGCUUCACUGAUAACCCAACUCUUGUCUUAUAUUCAUCGAAAAAUGGCUGGGAUGAGUCUCUGCGUCUACUCUCACUCAAUGAUAACCGGUUUGUUAGAUAUUUUAAAGGCCACCUUGACAGGGUUGUCUCUAUCUCAUUUUGCUCUGAGAAAGAAAAUUUUCUCUCUGGUUCACUUGAUCGAACCGUUCUCUUAUGGGAUCAGCGGGCUGAAAAAUCACAGGGCUUACUGCGUGUGCAAGGGAGGCCUGCAGUUUCAUAUGAUGAUCAGGGCAUGGUAUUUGCAGUUGCCUAUGGUGGUCACAUAAGAAUGUUUGAUGCUCGAAAAUUUGAAAAGGGGCCUUUUGAGAUCUUCGCUGUUGGAAAUGAGGAUUCAGAAGCUCAUGUCAUAAAGUUCAGCAGUGAUGGCAGGCGGAUUCUGUUGACCACCAAAGCUGGGCGUGUUCAUGUGAUAGAUUCAUUCCAUGGCAACAGCAUUGCAUCAUACAAUGUGAAACCAGUGGUAACCAAUUCAAUGCUGGAGGCAUCGUUCAGUCCUGAUGGAAACCAUAUCAUAUCUGGCUCUGGUGAUGGCAGUGUUUAUGCCUGGAAUGUUAGGAGUGGAAAGGUUGCACGCUGGGGAAGCACAGAUAAUGAACCGCCACUAGUAAGGUGGGCUCCAGGAUCCUUGAUGUUUGUGACAGGAUCAUCAGAACUGUCCUGCUGGGUUCCGGAUCUGUCCAAGUUGGGAUCCUUUAGCGUUACCAAGUAGCUGGAAAUUAUAAGAGGUGGACUUCCCUUGCAAGCCCGCUUGUCUCUGUAGAUUCUUCCUUGCGGCCCAGUUGAUGUGGCUCAUUAGAGUAUCAGGAUAUUACCAAUUAGGAUAUUACCUAUUAUACCUAACCACCUUCUCAUCCUUGGUACUUAUCUGGUUUGUUAACCUGUUGUAAUUGAAUGGACUCUUAGGCCAUCAGCUGCGAAUGAGGAACUCUAGCGAAGCAUCUGUCUGAAUGACCUGAAUGACUUUGAUC